AUGGCCGGCACGGAGCAGUAUUCGGAGGAAUUCCUCCAUCAAUCUAAACAGGGGCUCAUCAACACGGUUUCCUCCGUCUUCAUUGCUCUGGAGGUCUUCUGUGUGAGUCUGCGGUUUUUGGCGAAAUGGGUGGGGCGCUUGAAGCUGGGCUGGGAUGACGCUUUCAUGAUUCUGGGCUUAAUUCUCUGCAUCGCCGAUGCGGCUUGCACGAUGGCCGACGUGAAAUAUGGCGGGAUCGGCCUUCACGAAGCACGUGUGGUGCAAAUCGACCCUCACAUGAUGGUGAACUGGGGCAAAUUCAUCAUCAUCAUUCCUUUAUUCUAUUUCUCGACCGUGGUGCCUCCGAAACUGGCCAUCUUGCAUCUAUACCUAAGCAUUUUUACCGAGAAACGGCUUCGCAACAUUUGCUAUGCCACCGGCGUGGUAAUUGUCUGCAACUGGGUCGCGGUCAUCAUCGCCGGGCUUCUUUCCUGCCGGCCACUCAGUUACUUCUGGACUGGGCAAGGUGUUUGCAUCAAUAUCGAUGCCUGGCUCCGCUGGGGAGGGUUUGCGAAUAUCUUGACAGACGUGGUCAUGUUGAUUCUGCCCAUGCCAGUGGUUUGGCGCCUGCAUGCAUCCACCCGGCUGAAGCUCGGGAUUUUCGUCACUUUUCUUCUAGGCAGUUUGGGUCUGGUCUCUUCCAUCAUCCGGUUUUGGGAGUUUUACGUGACCGACGCCGAGGGCGACCGCACGUGGGCGGCGGCCACGCUCGUCAUCUGGGCUGUCAUCGAAGGCGGCAUUUACCUGAUCGCCGCGUGUCUCCCCAUCUAUCGCCCGCUGACCAAGCUUCUCUGGCGCCGAGUCUGCACGAAUCGAGGCCACACCGUCGAGUCCAACCCAUCGAAAGGCGCGUCGGGAGGGAGUCGCGGUAGCAAGAUCAGGCCAACGUAUGAACUCAAACCGCAAUGGAGGGAAAGCUUGAUGGACGAGGAGGAUUGCCUUCGGCUGGUGACUCUGGGCAGCCACCGCCAAUCGGAAAUUGCGCCUCCGGGGAAGAUUGUUGUUGACCACCAGUUCUCCGUGGACUGA